AUGAGCGCGCGUCGUUGUUACCUCGACUACAACGCAACAGCGCCGGUUCGACCUCAAGUCCGCGAAGCGGUCGAACCGCUCUUGUUCGGCGCGCUCGAACGCGGAACCUUCGGUAACGCAUCCAGCGUGCAUUGGGCCGGGCAAGCCGCGCGACGCGAACUAGAGAACGCACGAACCCGCGUCGCGUCGCACUUCGAUCGAAAACCGAGUGAGGUUGUCUUUACCUCGGGCGGUUCCGAGGCUGACAACCUCGCGUUGUUCGGAGCACUUCGGCGCAGCGACCAUCCGCGUCUCGUCUACUCCGCCGUCGAGCAUCCCGCCGUUCUGGCGGCGGCCCGAACGCUCGCCGACGAAGGUGUCGACGUCGUUCAGAUCGGUGUCGACAACAGCGGUCAGCUCGACCUCGAAGCGCUCGAGGCGGCGUUACAGAUCCCGACCACCUUGGUGAGUGUCAUGGCCGUGAACAACGAGACGGGGAUCGUCAGUCCUACCGACAAAGUCGUCACACUGGCUCACGCCCACAACGCGAUCGUUCACGUCGAUGCCGUCCAGGCGUCGGGUCGUGUGCCGCUGCCGAAGAACGCCGAUCUCAUCGCGCUAUCCGGUCACAAGCUCGGCGCCUUGAAAGGCGUCGGCGCCCUCAUCAUUCGAGACGACAUUCCACUCGCCUCCACGAUCGUUGGCGGUCCUCAGGAACGCGGACGACGCGCCGGUACCGAACAUGUGGCGGCGAACGUUUCUCUUGCCGUCGCCCUGGAUGUCACCGAAGCCGGACGCGAGGCGGAGCUCAUUCGACUCGGCCCGCUUCGCGACCGCUUGGACGCCUGCAUCCGCACCAUCGACGGCUCGACCAUCCUCGGCGAGCACGUGCACCGCGCCGCCACCACCACCACCGCCGUCUUCGACGGGGUCGACGGCGAGUCGAUCCUCCAGGGGUUGGACCUCGAAGGAAUCGCCACUUCGAGCGGCAGCGCCUGCUCCAGCGGAAGUUUGGAGCCGAGCACCGUGCUGCUCGCGAUGGGAAUCGCGCCCGCGCUUGCGCUAUCGAGCGUGCGUUUCUCCCUCGGAUGGGCCACGAAUGAGGCCGAUAUCGAAGCGGUCGAGGCUGUGCUCCACGCGAUCGUCGCCCGCGCCCGCCUCUGA